UGCUUUUAAAUUUGUAGGUUCAUUUUCUGGACGUUGCAACUAUAGGAACGCCCACAGCAAAGACUAAGUGCACGAUUACUCCCAACACGCAAAAUGCUUCUAUUGUGUGGUUCGUUGAACACGCUUGUAAAUUUAGAGAUUGAAUUUUAACACGCGUCGAUGCGACCGAAAUCGGAAACAUGGCUCGACAGUUCAAAUGCACAUUUUACGAGAUAUUUAUUAGACUGACAAUCUAAUGCGGCACACAUAAAUGGUAAGUUUCAUUGGCAUCGUCGGCAAGUAGUUUCAACUGUAAUAGUUACAUUUUUCACUAACACGUUAACACCACUUGCAUCUCCAAGCGAAUAGGUUGCAAAGAUAAUCUGUAUAGAUGUUUAAGCUUUAAAUGAAAGUUCAUGAUAGAGCUUUCAAGCUAGGGCAUAUAAUUAUGCUGCGCUGCAUCCUUCUUGUUCUCGUCUCGAUUUGGCCGGUGCUGGCCAUGCGAUCUUGUUUCCAAGGGCUGCAAAAAGAAUGUUCGAGCUACGAUCGCGAAUUUUCAGCCUGUCUCUGCGCUGCAGAUUCUACAAGAGAAGAACUAUGCUGCGACUUGAAUGGCCGGUCUGGGGUAAUCAGUCAUGACUCAGUGCGGUUCUUUGGAAAAGUGGUUGUGCGAGAUGCUGAAAAUUUGGAUUUCUAUCCUGACUGCAACAACCCUCAAAACAUCACAUUCAUCAACAUCAAGAAUGGAAGCUUCAAAAAUCAAGUUGGUGUCGCUCCGGUUCGGUGCCCAACUUUAGUUGACGUCCGUGAUUCGUUCUUCAAGAACUUCUGGCUGAUCAAUGGUCUAACAUUGUUUAAAGCCCAAGUCAAUGCAGUCGGGUGGGCAACUGAUUUUACGCACAUUCGGAUGGAUAACAGCACUGUAAAUUUGCUGUCAAACUUCUCAGUUAGUAACCCAGGUUGGAUAAAGAGAGAAUGUUUUACGAUGCAACAUUCUCUUAUCAACGAAGCUGUUCACAUCAACGUAGCUUGCGACGUUAUAAUGGAGAAUACUGUGCUGAAGUCCAUCCAACAUUCACGCUUCUCUCGAUCUCGAAUAACGAAUUCGACGUUUGAAAAAGUUCCAAAAUACGGCCUCACUUUCCUGCGAGGCUGGCACAGAAUGAGAGAAGUGACAUUCACGACGCUGGCUAAAGAGAGCCUCAUAUUUGCUUUCCAGUCAGACGUUUCGAUAGUAGGCUUAAAAAUAUUGAAGUGCGAAAUGCCAUGUAUUACAAUCGAGGGAGGCUUCAUUCACGCCACUAAUGUGUCUAUAAGUGGUGAGUUGAUACCUAACUUUUUGAGUAGUGGAUACGUAAAACACGUGCCGUCAGAGGAAUUUCGGAUGGUGAGAACAACCGACGUCUCGUGCCGCGCUGGGUCUUCGAAACUCGUCUGCGACCUCGGUGCUCACGAUACUAUGCCUGUGGUCUUCCUGCCUACAACAGAAUAUGCCGAAAUUUUGGUCAUGAAGCACCACAACCUGGGGAUUUUCACCAACUGCUACAAGCAUCUAGCCAUCAAGCAGGUUAUAGGUUAUGUAAGAGAAGAAGGAAGUUACCAAGCCACCACAGUUCCUUUUAUUGAAGGACACUUGGACGGCACCUCGAAAAUUUUGGAAUGCGAUGAGGUUCCAAAAACCCUUUACAUCGAAGACUGCAAGUUGAGAUUCCUGCAUGCUGCUGACCUCGAAGAGCUCGUCGUCACUAAAGCAGAAGUUGGAUCCGUUGAAGUAAAGUCGCCCAUGAAUUACGUAAAGUUUGAUUACGCGGAAAUCCAUUACCUCGAAAACGUGGAAUACUUCAAAGAUCCACAAAAGAAGUCGAUGUUUGAGAUGAGCGAUGUGCUUUUCACCUCCAUCUACGGUCUCUACCUGCGAUCUGGAGGCAUCCUCUCCUACUGCCGCGUGCAAACGAAAAUAGCGAAUUUAACGCUAAAUCUCAGUUUACCAACUGACAGCUUGCUCAUCAAAACCACGCACAUCGAACGCAUACCCGAAAACGGCAUAACCAUUGUGCGUGGCAUCUUAAUUUUCGAUGAGGUGACCAUCGUCGACCUGGAGGCCGACGCCAUCAACAUCCAACAUGGCGGCAAGCUUGUCGUCUCAGGAGCGUUAGACCCGCCCAAGCCCUUGGGGUGCAGCGAGUUUGCUCCAUCCAUCGUCGUGCAGUCGCGUUACCAGGUCGUCUUCAUUGGCGCACCUACCCCAAGUUGGCUGUGGAAUUGCGUCAAAGUUAUGCCUGAUGCAAAGUUUGAAGUGGACAUCGAGCAAGGCUACGUUAACCUUAAACCAAGUGACUGUGAACUGGAUUCUCAGUACCAGUAUUCCUGCGAAGCAUACACAGGAAGAGGAGCCAUACUUGGUGGCAACAACAAUUUUGCUGAGGCUCGAGAAGUGUCGAUUAAGGGCGGUCAUCGCCUCAUCGUCAAGGAGCAUUGUCUCGACGAGUUGAAAAUAUAUUCGGUGCCCAGAGUGAAGAUUGCUUUUGUAGAUACUUCUUGCUUCCAUAAACUCGAGGUUCACAAUUCUUCUGUCAACAAACUGUGGAACAACGUAUUCGCAGCAAAAGUAACGGAAUCUCGCAUCAUAGAUUUUCGUCCCACGGCAGAAUUGGAACAAACGUUAAUAACAUCAUCCAAAAUGGACACCAUACGAGCAGGCAUACGGAAUGGAGUUUUCAAUGGAGUGGAUAUUAACACAGUGGAAUCGAUGAGUAUUUCGUCCAACCUAACUAUGAUUCAUACUCUCAUCGACACAUUGCUGGAGUCAUCGAUAUCUAUUUCAUACAAUGCUAUUUUGACCAUCGAUCACUCUUCUAUCAGUAACAUGAAUAUCAAAUGUAUUACAGUAUUUGGAAAUCUCACUAUACUCAAUUCAGUCAUCCAUCACUCGGUCAACGGCAGUAUUGUCGUGCAUCCGGACUCCCACAUUCACUUAGAAAAUGUUACGAUUUCCAGUCAGGUCCCUCACAUAAUCAGCAUGGAAGGACCUGCUAAUUUUGUAUUGAAGAAUAUUCACGUGAAAAACAGAACUAUGCGCGGGGUUCAAAAACUGACACUGGUUAAUGAAAAUUUGGAAGUCGAUGCUGACGUAAGUAAAGCAACUUUGCCACCAUUGAAUGAAGAUUUCCCACCACCAAACAAUGAAAACUCGGAGUGGAUCAAAUUACAAUCAAACGACUCGACAGUGCCCGACCGUGACGACAUUUUGCAACCGGAAGAAAUUAGUCCUAAAAAAAGAGUUGAAAAGGAAGUGGUCUACUCGGUCAUGAAUGGUUCUGUACACGAUGCGAAAAUUUUUGAACAUGUUAAAUUCGAUGUGAUGAAUCAUGACGUGGAUGGAAAGUCUGGUAAGGCUGUAGACACAAUGGAUAUCGCGCAACGUAGCGAAGAAGCCGUGAUAAAUCCUACUGAAACAGUGAAGGCAACCACAAAGGAGACGUAUGCAGUGGUGGAUCUUGUAAAGCAAUCCAAGACUUGGAGUGCUGAAAAUCUUGAGGCGAGUACCCACAAGCCAAUGCAUCCCCAAGCUGCAAAAGCUACAGACAACGGAAAGACCAACGCAAUCCCCACUUCCCAGCCUUCAGGCGCAGGAUUGUUGGUGGUCUUCCUCGUCAUGUUUUUCGCAGCAAUUUUAUUGCUCAUCAUUGUGAUGAUGUACUACAAGAAAUACAUGAAUCUUCGCACCGAGAAUCAGACGCGUGCCUACCAGCCCAUGGCACUUGGGAGCCGCUCCGACGCAAGCGAGUCUCAGGCGGAGGGAGAACACGCUUCUGUGGAGCUAAAGUCUACCGUGGCAGUGACGUUCAAAGCUGCCCCUCUACAGAGGGAGACAUCGCCCACCUUCGCCGAGGACGACACUACGAUGGCAAUCGCGGACAGGGUCAAUUUGGUACAGUAAAUUACUGUACAGAGACAAUAGCCGCUCUCCAGAGCUUUAUAUCGAAAUCUUUGAGCUGUAACUUGCACUAAGCUAGUUAUGGGAGGUCCUGAUCUCAUUUUACUGUCCAUAAAAAAGGUAAAGUUUCCUGUGCUAAGAAAUAGAAUAAGGCAAUCGUUAAAUAAACAGAUUUUAUAAA